AUGGCUGUUUUGCCCGUGAAAUUCACCAAAACCAAACGGGACAAACUCGCCCAAGUGCUAUGGAUUCUCAAUUGGAUAUCAGUAAUAACGGGAGCUAUCCUUUUCAGCCUGGGCCUUUUCCUUAAAGUGGAGAUUAACAAGAGGAAAGAGCUGAUGGCCGAGAGAGACAUUCAGUAUGUCCCAAAUAUGCUCAUAGCUGUCGGACUCAUCGCUUGCGCCAUCAACUUCUUGGGUGGGAAAAUUUGCUACGACUGCGUGGACACAACCAAAUUCCUACGAUGGAAGCUGAUCAUGCUCCCCUACAUCGUUUGCACGUUUUUCUUUACCUCCUGCAUCCUGGUGGGGGCGCUGAUGUGCUACAGCAUGCGGGGGGAGCUGGAGGAGUCUCUGGACCUUGGAUUGUCAGCGGCGUUGAAGUUCUACAAGGAUACAGACACGCCCGGGCGGUGCUUCCUGAAGAGGACUGUGGACUUGCUGCAGAUAGAGUUUCACUGCUGUGGGAAUAACGGGUACAAGGACUGGUUUCAAAUCCAGUGGAUCAGCAACCGCUACCUGGACAUGUCCAGCAAGGAGGUGGUGGACCGCUUCAGGAGCAACGUGGAGGGGAAGUACCUGCGGGACGGCGUGCCCUUCAGCUGCUGUAACGUGAACUCUCCGCGGCCGUGCAUCCAGAGCCAGAUCAGCAACAACUCCGCGCACUUCAACUACGACCAUGUGACCGAGCAACUCAACCUGUGGCCCCGCGGCUGCAGACAGGCGCUGCUCGACCACUACACGCACAUCAUGCAGUCCAUCGGCCUCACCGUGCUCGUCAUCUGGGUGUUUGAGCUUUCUGUGCUGACCGGAGUGCGGUACCUCCAGACAGCUCUGGAGAACGUGCUGAGGCAGGGGGACCCGGAAUCAGAGUCUGAUGGCUGGCUUCUGGAGAACAGCUUCAUGGAGACAGCUCGCUCCAACCUGAACAUCAUCAAGAACCUGGGCAAGUGCAACCAGGUUGACACGGCUAACAACGGAGACCCCAACAUCAACGUGCCCUGUACUUCCAAAGCAACCUACGGCCCGGACAAUGUACCACUACAACAACCAGCUGUGACCAGCUGACCACUGUAAAUUUGAGACGCAUCUAUUUAUUUCAAUUUAUUUGUCUACAUUUAUGAUAAGAAAUUCAACAUAAGACAUGUCCUGCUGAUAGAUUAGUUGACUAAAAAGGGGGUGUGGCAAAAGCUCUCAAAACUAUUACUUAUCUCUCUGUAUCUGAACCAAACUGCACUCAGGACUGCACCUGCACGGGAGUUCAUGCAAAAACACCUAGUUAUAUAAAUAAAAUGCAUUUAUGUAAAAAGGUAAAGUAACUCAAAUUUCAGUCCCAAAUCUUCAGCUAACUCACCCAAUAUAUUCUCCUUUAUGCUGCUGUCCCAUAUAAAUAUUUAUAAGCUAAAUAAAAGAAUUAGUUGAAAUGAGUAGAAUCGACUAAAGCCUACAGCCCUAAAAGAAACAUCAUUAUCAAUUACAAUUUGGCAAUGUGCGGUUUAAUACAUAACAAUGCCUUUUAUUCAAACGGCUACCUGACCUUAGUUAACAUCGCAUCAAAUGAAUACUGUAAUAUCUAUACUGUUUACAAACGUACUUUGUGUUAAAGCGCUGUUGGCUGUGGUUACAUGAGAACAGGCAGGAGGAAUGUGCCCUUUUUAUCCGCCUUCUCUACAUUCUAAAAUGUGUUUGUAUUAUAGUGUUGGCAGUCAUUUUUCAUGCCAAGUUUGUAAACUAACAUUGUUUUGAGAAUACUUCCACAAACUGGAGACGUAAGAGGGAGCUGUGUA